UCUGGAACGUGAAGGAAAUAAAACAAACACGAUUGUUUGUAGAUUUGAUAAAAUUUCUAAUACAAACAAGUAUAUAAAAUUGUAACUAUAACACAAAAAAGCAAGAAUGGCUGCAAGAAGUCAUCAAUAUUUCAGCUUACGCUGGAAUAACUACCAGAACACCAUGACCUCAGUGUUUCAACAAUUGCGGGAAGAUUUGUCAUUUGUCGACGUGACAUUAUCAUGCGAGCAUGGCUCUUUGAAGGCACACAAGGUUGUGCUGUCGGCUUGUUCUUCUUAUUUUCAAAAGUUGCUUUUGGAAAAUCCAUGUAAACAUCCAACAAUUAUUUUACCUGCCGACAUCAUAUUUACAGAUUUGAAAACAAUCAUUGAUUUUGUUUAUCGCGGGGAGAUAGAUGUUACUGAAUCCGAGUUACAGGUAAGUUUUAGAAAUGAAACAAUUAUAUUUUCGGGUAUGUCAUUUAAGGAUCCCAUAAUCCCAGCUCAAGUAACUGAAAUUUUCAUUGUAUUAAAAGUAGGAGUUCUAUUCUUGGUACUAGUCAUUGAAGUUGAUAGUUAUUGUUAUUUUUGA